CCACAGUUUACGAUUUUGAAAUCUAGGGGACUAAACGCUGAGCCAAUCUUUGGUGGAUUUCCCCAUGCGAGUAAGCAGUAGACAGUAUAUAUAAAGAAUACGAAUGAGUUUCGCCACAAUUGGUGUUAUAUUGUGUUAGGCGUACUUUGUAAUACAGGUACAACUACGAGGGUGUAAUUUGUGACAUAUCAGUGUUUAGUUGGUUAUAAGUGAAGUGAACGUUAUUUGACUGUAGUAUAUACAACAAAUAUAUAUAGGUACAAUAUUUCUAAUAGUAAAUAUGUCAAGGAAUAAUGAAACAAACAGUUUUAAUCAAACGUACAAACUUGUUGUCGUUGGUGGAGGCGGUGUUGGGAAAAGUGCAUUAACUAUUCAGUUCAUUCAGUCUUACUUCGUCACAGACUAUGAUCCCACAAUAGAAGAUUCAUAUACUAAACAAUGUGUAAUUGAUGAGCAAGUGGCAAGAUUAGACAUAUUAGACACAGCUGGGCAGGAGGAGUUCAGUGCCAUGAGAGAGCAGUACAUGAGAUCUGGAGAAGGCUUUCUUUUAGUAUUUUCUAUUACUGACCGCAACAGCUAUGAAGAAAUUUACAAGUUCCAUAAACAGAUUUUACGGGUGAAAGAUCGUGAUGAAUUUCCAAUGUUGUUGGUAGGCAACAAGUGUGACUUAGAACAUCAGAGAAUGGUGUCACAAAACGAUGUCCAGCAAAUGGCCCACCAGUUGAAAAUACCAUACAUGGAGUGUAGUGCUAAACACAGAUUGAAUGUAGAUGCAGCAUUCCAUGACCUAGUCCGCCUUGUCAGGAAGUUUCAGGCGGCUGAGAGACCUCUUGUUAAAAUGUCCAAACCCAGCAAUAAAAAAGGGUGUUGCAUUAUUCUUUAGCUUUCUUGUUUACCUGCUUGCAACAAGACUUUUGAGACAAAAUAAAACACACAUACUCUCAAAAGUGUUUUCAUGUUUCACAAAAUUCCAAGCAGCUGAUUUUUUUUUAACUGAUGCCUCCACAUAUACUUUCAUAUUUGUUUGUCUUUUUUUAUUCUUUGCAUAUCUCGGUGAAGUGGAAAUCAAAUUCAUGAUAGAGUUGUCUAAAUGUUAUGUUUACAUCUACAAGAAUUCUGAUGUUUGAUUUUCUUUUUUUACAACCUACGUUCUCUGAUUUGUUUUUUUUCUAUAUGAUGUUUAAGAGUUGAACUAGUUAGACUUGAAAUAAAUGCUAAAAGUAUAUCUCAGUAAAAAUUGAGUUACUUCAAAGUAGUUCCAUAUCAUUUAAAGGUAACUUUUAUAUAUGAAAAUUAUUUUUAAACUUAGUGUUGAAAAUAAGCUAUGAAGAAGGUAAAAUUAUGGUUUUUUCUAUUCAGUGUACAGAUAAUCAUUUAAGUUAUCAUAAAAACAUUUUAAGUAGUAUGUGCAUGUUUGAUAAGUCCAAGUCUAUAAGUAUAAUUUUACCUUUGGAGCACUCCAAUGUGACAAAAAAAAGUUAAUAAAUAAUUUUCAAAAUCAGUUCUCAUGGUAAUAUACACAUAACAUAGUUUAAACAAUUUAUACUACAAAAAAAAAAAAAGAUGUAAUAAUUUGUUUAAAUGCAAGUCUUUGUAAUUAUUUACUAAUUUCAGUCUCAUACUUUUUAACAUGUUUGAUAUAUUUCUGAAAGUUUGUUUUAACUUUAGUACCAAAAAAAUUGAGAUACAUACUCAAAACCAUAAGAAUUGCAAAGUUGUGUCAUUUAUGUUGGAUAGUUUUUAGUUUUAGUUCUUCUCCAUUCUGCAAUGUCAGCAGUCCAUCUAAACUUGUCUUCGUUCAAGUUGGGAUAGUAAAUUGUAUAACACUUAAAAUAUAUGUAUGAAUAUUUGUAUACACAAGUAUGUUUUUACCAUAGUUGUUUUGUAGAUUCUUUGUAAGAUAAUGUGUAUCAAUAUGAAAAAUUUAGGAAUUUUAUUGGUCUAUUUUUGUAGAAAAUAAUCUUUACUGACUUCUAUAUCUUAUUAAAAUUGAUAUUUUUACUAUCACAUCCAUGUUUUGAUUUGUAAAUAAAAGCACUAGUUAAAGACAACUCUUAAAAGAUUGUUCCCACAAAUGGGAUAGUCAUCUGCAAUCUUGACUAGAAAGGGUUCAGUUUAUAGCAUCAGUUAAAAGAAAAUAGAAAUUAAUGUGUCUAAGAAACAUACUAGAAUUUAUGAAAGUCAUUAAAUCAGAGUUUCUGGAAUAUUAUGUAAAACAGGGUGCUGAUUAUUAAAACUUAAAAUAUUCAAAGUAUCGUACAUAGAAUACCUUAGUUUGAUAAAUUUUUAUAUUCAUUUUAAUAGAGUGAGCUUUAGCAGCAGUUCCUAACCACUGGUCCACAAGACAGUUUAAAAAUAAAAUGCAUGUUUUGAAAGUAUAGCUGCUGAAGUAUAUUGUGUUACAAUGUACUAUAAAAGUUCUUUUAAAAAGGUUUAUUGUACAAACCAAUCCAUGAAAUUUUUGCAUCAGAACUAGCUCGUUCUCUCCAUUGGAAAAGGGGUGGGAACUAAUAAGCUAUAGCAAGUCCCCACUCCAAUAGAUACAAAGUAUAUUAAUUCUGUUGUAUUUCAUGCUACUUUCCUUAAAGACUUUCAUGUUAUGCAUAUAUUGAUAAUGGUGGCGGACACUAAACAUUUGUAAUGUUAACCAUAAAGAAAAGUUUAUUGAGUUACUUGUAAUUUCAUUUUUUUUAUUAUUAUUAUUAUUUAGAGAUUUUCUGUUGUCCACCUUGAAUGUUACCAAAUAAGAUCAGUAGGUGGUGGAAUAUAUAUUACAGUGUUACUCAUAAAUUUCAGCCAUAAUGGGUAACAAAAAUUUUAUAAAUGUAAAUAAUGUAACAUCAUUUCUUUUUUUGUCUUGGUAGUUUACAAUAUGUCAUUUUAGACCAUUAACAAUAAAGUGUUGAAAUUAUCAAUAGUGGUAUUAGACUGUUUUAUCGUAGUCUUAAAGAACAGCUAAGUCUAUUAUUGUGGGAUGUUUUAGAUUAUACAUGCAGUUAAAACGUCAGUCAUCAUACACAAUUAAUCAAAGUAUAGGGUUAUUAAUUGUAAAAAUGUAGUCUGUUGGACAUGAAAGCUGCCUCUUACUACACAAUUAUUUUUUCUUUUUAAGCAUAUAUUGAGGAAAGUAUAGCUAGUAUUUUACUUAAUGAUGUUUUGAGCAACUUCUUCGUGCUUAAUGAAAAUGAAUUAUCUUUGUAUGGUUCAAAAGGAAUAUAUUCAUGUGUAAAACGUACCACUUAUGAUAAUGUAUACUUAACACUAGAUAAAAAUAUUAAACUAAAUCUAUGUGAUACAACAUAAAAAAUAUAAUACAUAUACAGAAAGAACUAAGAAUCAUACCCAUACACACAGGCCUGGUGGUUAGGGCACUCAACUCGCAAUCUGUGGUUGUAGGCUCCAAUCCCAUCACUGAAUAUGUUUGGACUUUCAUCUGUGGGGGCAGUGUAAUGUAACAGUAACCCAAGAAUUGGUGGUGGAUGAUGUUGAUUAGCUGCCUUCCAUCUAGUCUAUCAAUUCAAAAUUAGGGACGGCUAGCACAGGUAGUCUUCGGGAAGCUUUGCAUGAAUUCAACAAGAAAAUACACAGACACGUAAACCAAAUGGAGUACUCAUGGAAAUUAAGGUGGGUCCUUCAUGUGCUAACCUGUUUGUUGUUUACACUGAAGAACAAAUUUAUAGUAAUUUUACUUCCCCCCCCCCUCCUUCCCAUAAUUGUCAUGUUGAUGACAUUUUAAAUUUUGUAACAUGCAAUAAAGAAGCCUUUGAACAAUUUAUCUUUCAUGUCAAGUCUUUUUACACAUCUCUUAAAUAUACACAUGAUAUUUCUGAUCAAUGUAUUUCAUUUCAUUUCUAGACAUUGACAUAAAUGUUUCUGAUAAAACUCUUGAAACCACUGUAUGCUACAAACCUAACUACAGUCAGGAAGUACUUCAGUUACAAAUUCUUCCAUCCAAUAGAAACAACUAAAAGUGCCUUCCCCAUGAGCCAGUUCUUAAGGCUUAGACAUAUCUGCUCUAAUAACCAUGCUUUAUAAUUUAAGUCUUAUGAAAUAACAUGCUUCUUCAAAAAAUAAAAUUUUCCUGUUAAUCUAGUAUCAUUAAAACAUUAUUUCAAGAAAGUGUGACCAAUUAUAAUGGGUGAAUUGCUGGAACAGUUGUCAUUAAACCUGGCAUGUACCAUGAGGUCUACAGAAGAGUGAUGAGGGGGUCAGAAUUUGGAUAAGUCACUCACCAAGGGCCCUAUGUUUUCUCUAUACAUUAAAUGGGUGCACCAGCUAGUGUUAUUGAAAAAGCGAGAAGUAAUGUCAUAGAUAUUUCAAUCUCUCUGUAAGUAUUCCCUCUAAACCUAAAACAACCACAACUUCACUCUUCUAAUGAAGAACCCAUUUUCUAACAUUUUUACUAACCUACUCCUUAUAUUUUUCAAAUACAAGUAUUCAAAAGACUAGUUGAUACACACAACUGACACAGAUCUGUUGCCUGGUAUAAAACCAGGUCAACACAUCAUAUGUUUCGCAUGUAAGUAUACUAAUGACACAACAGCUUUGUCCAUGCAAAAUUCACUUACUACAUAAAGGGUCACUUCACUCAUAAGUUACAAUUCCUCAUUGUAUUAUAUCUGCUGCACUAAAUGAGGGUCUUUAUACAUUGGAGAAAUAUCAAAACUGUUUGGAGAUAUGUUUUGCAAAUGUCAGCAUCUCGACAUUUAAACUCUCUUACCCAUAACAGUAUUGAAGACACGACAGUCUUAGUUUUUACUCAUGCCCCACAGACAGAUUACAACAUGAAAGCUUAGAACAGAAUUUUAUUUUCUAUUUAUAUACUAAAUUUCCUCAUUGUCUGAACAAAAAUAUUUCCUUCAAAUAACUGAUUACUCUGUUGUAUCUUAAUUUGCAAUAGCUAUGUAUGUAAUUUAUAUUUGCUUCUUUUUUGUUUCUAACAAUGAAUACUACUAUUUGAUAGUACAUGAUAUGCAUUUGUAUCUAUAUUUACGUUAAUACAUACAUGUGUAUAGUUCUGUAAAUGUGUUUUUCAACUAUACUAUAUUGUUUAUGUUGUAUCUCGUGGUUUCAGUUUAAUUUUUCUCUAGUGUUAAGCAUACACUUACUAAGAACGUGUUCCUUUUCAAUCAUGCAACAGUUGUUCAUUCUCAUAUGGAACCUGAUGAAGAGCAGAUGCUCAAAACACUGUCAUUCAAUAAAAUUAUUUUUCUUUUGUGGACUUGUGUUUUAGAAAAUACUUUUGUUUACUAAGUAUAAGGUUUUUAAUGACUCAAUUAUUUUACUAAAUUUAUGUAGAUCACUUGGUCACAGUAGAGUUUAAUAGUGAUUUUGAUUCUAUAUCUGUGCUUUUGAAAUGCUAUAAGAAAAUUUAUGGUAAAGAACUUUUUUUUUAAGUGUGUUCUCUCAAAGACUUUAAGUUAAACACCAAUGUGUAUUUUUCAACAAAGAAUGUCUUGAUCAAGUUAUCUUGGAAAUAUUACUUCAUCACACUGGAAAUUGCCUUUAUUGCAUCCAAAUGAUUUUAAUAUCUUUGAUGGACUUCCAUUUCUCUGUUAUAUACGACCUUAUGGCUGUGCUUUAUUAAACAUGUUCGUGAGGUGAUGUUUGAUGUUCCCUAUUUUAACUUCUAUGUGAAAUUAUCAAGUUUCUGGAAUUGUUUAGGUGUAAUAUCUUGUAUUCAUCAACUAUGAUCCUAUUCAUAUAAAGCUAAAAAAGGAUUGUUUUUUUAGCCUUUUUGAGAUGUUGUUUUUCAGCUGAUUUAUUAGUGUAAGAACGGUCUUCAUUGUCUGAAUGCACUUGGUACUUGCUGUAAUUAACUAUAUGGAGGAAUUUUCAAAGUGUUCUCAAUUUUGGGAGAUAAAACUAGAUGUGAGAUAAUGUAGAAGAGAUUUAAAAAUUAUCUCAAACUCCUUACUAGGUAUUACAUUUUUCACUCGAAAUACACCAUUGUUUUUACUUUUCCUAAUUGGUAAGGUAUACUAAGAAAUAACUACUUAAAUGCUGUUUCUCAUGUUCAACAUACAAAAGUUGAUGAGUGAUUUAAUUUUCAAACCAUCACAAAAAUAAUUAUAAUAACUUUUCUAUAUUUAAUCAAUUAUUUUUUUAACUGAUUGAUUGUAAUUUCACUAACCAUGUCAAUAGUUGUAACCAUCAUUAACUUAAUUUUAAUCAGAAGAAUGUUUGUUCAAAAGAGAAUUUUUUGAGAAUGGUUUUCGUUUGUUCGUAGAUUAUAUGUGUAGUUGAAUUUCAGUUUGAUUGUCACCCUCAUUACAAAGGAGAUGGAUAUGGUACAGUUAUUGAAGGGAAACAAGAAAUUUAUAAUCCUCUCGUACUCAAAUAUAUACAUCAGUUAUUUCAUGGAUUAUUCAAGAUUAUAAAAAUAAAAUAUCUUAUGGGUUGUUUUGUUUUUCUAAUAUAUCCAAAGAAUACGAUUUUCAUCAUUGAUGUACACCGUAAAAGGGAUUAAACGUGUUUUUGGAAUACAGUUUUUUUAGAAUCUUUGAUAAGUUAUUUUUAAGUUUCAUUGAUAUUUUUCCAACAGUGUAAUGAUAGCUAGCUAUAAUUUUUCUAAAGCAUAUACUUUUACACAAGUGAUUACAAAUACUAAAGAUGUCUUAUUUUAUAGCUCCAUCAUGAGAACUAUUCUUUGGUCAGACAGAUGUAUCAAUUAGUUUGAUAAUUUUUAUCAGUAAUUCUUGGUAAUCAUAUUUAUACUUUCAAAAAUUGCUGUUUUGAAAUAAUAUAUUGUCAACUUUGGCUGUAUGUUUAAUUUAUCAUGUAAAAAGUGUUACUUUUCAGUUUGUCUUCACUUUAUGCACAGUGUAACACCCUGGUGGUGUCUUAAAUAAUUGUUAUGAUAUAAAUGUGAAAUAACUGAAAAUUGACACAUUUUUUAUUAUUUUUUUGUGAACCAUCAAACCAACAUAUCACAAAUAACGUUGAUAGGGGAAAAAGUGAUAGAUCCGUUUUGUAAUAGAUAAAAAGCUAAGAGUGCCUUUCUAUAUCUUUGUUUUGGUAUUAACACUAUUUUUGUUAAUUUGACAAUAGGUAAUUGUUUUGUAACUUAAUAAUAUUUCACUUCAAUUACAAUUACUUGUACUACUAAGGUAACAUUAAGGUUCAUUCAUAGUAGUUUAACUCAUUUAAUGCAUGUUAAAAAAAAAUUCCCACAUAUACUGGUUUAAAUGUUGUUACAUUGAUUGUUAUAGGAAUUUUAUCAUUAUUUAUUAUUGUUCGAUUAGGUUAGUUCUUUGAGCUUCUAUGGUCUUCAUAAGUUGUUGCUAGAAUCCUUACAUUUACCUCUUAAAAUAAAAGGGAAUUGUUGUGUAGAGUUCCAAGCCAGACAUUUUUUUUGUUUUUGCUAAAGAAAAACUUAGAUUGUUCAGAUUAUUGACUAAAUGGCUCAAACGUAUUUAUAUGCGAAAGCUAUAUUUUCAGUGAAACUACUUAUUUAUGCUUGUAAGUUCUAUUUAAAAUGCCAUUUAGAAUGUAGUCAUGUUUUGUUGUUCUAUUUUUCUUUAAUAAAAAUCUUUUUAAGAUUAAUAUUUUUUCGCUUUCCUGUAGACAACAUUUACAUUUUUUUUUUAAAUAAAGAAAAAUUAAAAAUAACUAGUAAAUAAUUCAUUGAUACAACAUUAAAACUAAAUAUAAUGUACGUAUUUACUAAUUAAGUUAUUUCCAGGUAACAAUUUUAUUUAUCAAAGUAUAAUAGUUUAAUAAACACUUAACUGCUUGAUCAGGAACUUUAUUGAGUGUACCAUAGUAAUUAUUUUUUUUUGUCUGAUAAAUGAACAGUUCAAUGAAAAAUUUCUGUAGGUUUUUAAAUAAUACUUCUUAUUCUGAUAAUCUACCUGGCCAUAGUAUAUAUAUAUAUAAAACUACUAUCAUGGGAGCUAAAUCUUUUACCAAUAAAACUGGUUAUGGAGAAAUUUUCCCGUUGCUUUUGUGUUGUUGUUUUUUCAACUUCAUUUGUCAUGUGAUAAUUAUAACGAAUAAUGCUACCACUAUAUCAGUGCUUUAUUAGAUAAAGUUUUAACUUCUCAGUUACUUUAGAACACAAUUUGACAAGACGAAUUAUUUCUUCUCUACUCUGUUAUUACAAUACGAUAUGUGAUAAUUUCACUUGAAAAUUCGCCCAUAUAUGCUCUUCAUGACUAAACUCGCAAUCACGCAGUCUAGAUCUAGCUUAUUAUCGAACUAAAAUUCCUAUGCGUAUUUCUACUGUGACAGAGAUCUAGAACAUUCCACACACUACUAGAUAUUAUGAUGCAAUAAUACUCAAUUAAAACAAUGAGAAAACUCAAAGUUAUAGUUACAUGAUGCAAUACUUUUACAUUCACCAAUUCAUAACUGUUGAACUACACAUCAUGUGAUUCAUAAACAGUUAUGUAAACAAACCUGCGAUAUCCUGUCACUUCUAAAAAGAACUUAAUUUAACAAUCACGCAGUAUAAACUAUCUAAAUCAUAACACUCUCAAUAAACUUGAAUUGAAACAGUCGUGUAUAUCUAGCAUUAGUUUUCCUUAUAGUUAAGUCCUAAGCUCUUAGUUACACUACAUUGAUGCCUACCCUGACAUGACCAUGGUAUUAUGAUAAACCAACUGCAUAUCAACAGUCAAGAAUACUUAACUUCCAAAUGUAGUAAUAUUAAAAUCAAGUAUUCAUUUUACGGUUUAACAUUAAUUUUUUAUAAUGAAAGUCGUGUAGGGAUGAUCUAUGUAUAGCUGUAUCAUCCCUACAUUCUUUUUGGCACUGCCAUCCCUACAUCAUUUUAAUUUACAAGGUGUUUUUAUUACUUGUUUUGUGACGUAUUUUCCCGUGACUGAAAAUUAAUGUAAUCUACGAAUGUGUGUAAUAAAAUAUAUGUGUAUUGAA